AAUCACUCCAACCAACAAGCAGAGGGCGUCGCACACAAAGUGCAACCAUGCACGCUCGCCCUGAACCUGUUCCUGUUGUGGCUAGCCUCCCGGUUUUCUCUUUUUCCCAUCUGUCUUCUUCAAAGCCCCUUCCUUCCUCCUCCGAUCCAGACAGAGGACAACCUGAACCCUUCAACGCUUGUGUGCGCCGGCCACCGACAUUAAAUCUUGUCCCAUACAUCAACUUGCUGGUCGCGUGACAACACCUAACGACGGCCAUUGCAGUCUACAACUCUCUCAUCUUGACCUUGGACAACCACAUUCGAUCGCAACGAGGCCGGACAUACUUCUGCCGCUCUCUAGUACUUCUGGCUGCCUUCAUGGCUGCCCACGAGCACUAUAGAACAACCUGAUAUUCGAACUUCAAGGCCCCUUCAUAUUUGGCGACCGUCUGCAGGCUUAUUAACGACAUCUCUCUCCGAAAACAACACUCAGACUUAUCCGGUUACGGUCUGGUCACGGAAUGGAUGAAGCACCGCCGCCUCCUCCGCCGCCCCACGGGAAGAACCCCAAAACAUCGGCUGGCUCAAGUGCUCUUCCGCCUAGGAAAUACGAUGUCUUUAUCAUACCGGAGCACUCUGCUGGCGCGGGGUUUCUAUACCUACCAUCAUUGCAACCGCAAUGGAACAGCUUCUUUGCUGGUGUCAUCUCCACCCUCGCUGCACUGCUUCUAAGGAAAGCGCUGACGCCGGCUUUUCUGUCAUGGUGGCACAGCGGGAUGGGCAGUGUUGGAUUGUCAGUACUCCUGGUUGUGGUAGCGGUGGGAUCUUGGUCUCUCGGCCGAUCUACAAGCAACAUAAAGCUGGGGUCGGGAAGCGACUGGCAAAAGACAACCGGCGAAUCCGAUGCCUCUGGGGCGUUCAAGACAGCACCCCCUUAUGAAGACUUCAAGUCUACGCACGCGCCGCCACCACGUCCCCCUACACCUCCCACGGAUCCCGAGACUCCGGCCGAUGAGUGGUCGCGUCCUUCGUGGAAGGAGCACAAUGACGCGGAACCGGAACCACAUGUUGAGCCCGAGCCGGAGCCGGAACCCAAGGCCAAGCACAGACCACAAUCCCCAACACAAACUCGAUCGCACAAGAGACCGCAGUCUCCCACACAGACAAGGUCACACAGGAGACCUCAGUCCCCUAUCCAAACUCGGUCUCACACCAAGUCCCAGUCUAAAUCCCACUCCAAGACACAAGCAAGAUCGCAGCCGAGACCCCAGCCACCGCCAGAGCCUGAGCUUCGUCCUGAAGAUGAUCCGGAUUACGAACAGGAGCCAGUGCCGGAGCCGCCUAGACAGGAGUCAGUCGACUCCCAAGAGCCUCCGCAUGGGCCUCCCACUCCUCUUGACCCUGAAAAUCCAACCAAGUCGGAAGUUUCCUCAAAGGGCGCCUGGGAAAAGGCGAGAGAGGAGACUAGAAGGCGGGAGGAGGAGCGUAAGGCCAGGGAAGCCGAACUCAAGAGGCGCGAUGAUGCGGCUCGCCGUCUGCGUGAGCUCCGAGAACGUGAUGCGCGUGAGCGCGAGAAACGAGAGAAGGAGGCCCGUGAGAAGGAAGAAAGAGAGAGGGAGCGCAAGGAACAAGAGGCUCUGGAGAAAGAGUGCCUGGAGCGCGAGAUUAGAGAAAAGGUGGAACAGGAACUGCGCCAAAAGGCCGAAUGGGAGGCCAAGGAACUCGCUGCUAUAGAAAAGGAGCGAUUAGCAAGAGAACGGGAGGCCAAGGAACGCGAACGCCAAAUCAAGCUGGAACAAGAAGCCAGACAACGUGAACGGGAGAGGCUCCUGCGCGAGCAGCUGACGCGUGAGCGCGAAGCCAGGGAGCGUGAAGCCAAAGAACGCGAGGAAAAGGACCGCGAGGCCAAGGAGCGUGAAGUGCGCGAAGCCCGUGAGCGAGAGGAACUGAGACAGAAGGACGAGGCUAUACAACGCGAGGAGGAAAGGAAACGGUUCGAGAGGGAUCGGCAAGAGGCGAAGGACCGUGAAGUCCGGGAAGCCAUCAGGCGAAGGGAGCGGGAGGCUCGUGAAGCCCGCGAAGCACAAGAACAGAGGGAUCGGGAGGAGCGCCUCGAGCAGCUUCGGCGAGAAGACGAGGAGAUGGAAAAGGAGAAGGAGAGGCUUGCGCGCAAGGAAACACCGUAUGCGAUGCCAAAGGUUGGCGAAAGGACCAGCUUGUGGCCAAAUGGCAGACCACCUUCGAUUGCUACUCCUUCGGCCACCGCCUCGCAGACUUCUCAUGCUUCCACCGCUCGUACUUCGACCCCGCGCGCAUCGCCCGCGCCACCACACUCGCCCACAAAAUCGCCUAAUCCAGCGGCAGCGAGGACGGCAUCGCCAAAGCCCGCACCCCCCAGACCAGCUUCGAGUGCAACAGGCACUGCUGACGAGUACUCCUACCGGCCAUACGACAAGCCUAAAAACCCUGCCGCGGCCCGUAAAAAGUCGAUCUCGGAUCUCUCAGAGGACUCGUACGCUCAGUCUGCCACCACCAACAACACCAGCCCUCCGCCUUCGAUGCGGGCUCCAUACCACACUGACGAUCCUGGCAAGAUCGUCAUCAAGGCCGUAUAUAACUUCGUCAACCACUUUUCGAAAACCCCUGCCUCGCAGCUUAUCUCCGGCGUCGGCACCGUAACCGACGGGCUCAUCCUUCGCAUCUCGACCGCAGGUCUUUUCGUGGAUGACGAUGUGCGCGGCGUUGCCCAACGAGAGUGGGACAUCAAGGCCUGGACCCUUAAGCAGGUCGAAGUCUGGUGUCCUGUGCUCGCUGCUAGCUCCGCUAACGGCACAGGGGUUGCCUCGGGGGCCAUCCCAGCCUCACACCCGCUCUUCAAAAUGAUGCCCACAAGCAGCGCCAUGCGCCGCGCGGCCGAGAAGGCUGCUACCAGGGCGUUCAAUGGCGAGGAGGCUGUAGCCUACCUGAACGAAUUAGGUACCUGCUGCAGUACGAACUGCCGGUUGGGCCUGAAUGCUAAUAGCUCGGGCUCUUCGGCGACUGGGUCGGCUGCUUCGCAAGAGGCGGACGGAUGGAAGUUCCGAGGUCUGCAUCUCCUUCGAACAUCGAUUCGCGAUCAAGAAGGCAAACGUUUCUUGUUUGUCGUCGGCGAAGAGGAGGCGUGGAAGAUUGCAAAGGGUCUUCAGUCGCUUCGGAGCGGUAGCCAGGCACGGGCUGUCGCGGUUUCCGGCUUCAGUGGGAUUGAGGCCAAGGGCAUUCUUGAAACACUGGGUUGGAGUUAGUAUGUCCGGACCUGAAAUGUUUGAAUAAUGUCGAUAUCAGUUGGCGAUGAUGUGAAGGAUAUUGAGCGGUUUGACUUUGUUGAUGUUUGGUUGUCCUGUCAGUUGAGCGAUAUACCCAAAUCUUUGGCUGGCAAGUUUCUGCUUGGGGAGAAGAUGGGCAUUUAAGGGAGAAAUACGAUGCUGUGUAUUUGUAUUUGGAAGGAAUGUUCGAGUGAUGAUCUGGCUGCGAGGCAACCCCACACACAUUCCAGUAAACAUGAGACAUGACUUCAUGCUACAUCUGGUACUUGACUAAAGAACUUUCUUGAAAUAAGAUACCAUCUCAACGUCAAGUUAAUUGAUCAUGGACGCUGUCGACUAAUGGGGUCACACCAACUUGCCGGUCCGAAGUGCUCAUUUAUAUGUAUCUCAAAGUCUCAAC